AUGAAUAGGUUUUCCUUAGAGUUCAAAGAUAAAUAGAUGGAAUCUAAGUAUUAGAAGACAAAAAAACUUAAACUUCAACAAUUAAAAAAAGUACAAUAGAUUAUAAUUAUGAUGUUACUUAUUCUUUUUUUAAUUAUAAGUGCUUUAAGACAUUCAUGGAUUGCAUUAACUGUUGGUUGCUUUAUUAUAAUCAUAUUAUUGAUAUCAAUAAAAAUGGAUUUGAAUAGAAAACAAAAGUCUUACUUUCUAAAUACAGUAUUAGUAAGUGUGACAUUAUUCAAUUAUUUUAAAGCCUUGUAAAGUGUUUAUUUUGAAAAUGCUUUUAAACCUAAUUAUUUAGAAGGUUAUAUGUUAGCACUCAUAACAAUAUCAUGUAUAAAUCUCUUAAUCUAUGAUUAGUAAUAUAUUAAGGAAGUUUUCUAUAAAAAUCCUUUAUUCUUUGUUCAACCUACAUUAUGUUACAAGUGUUUAAAUCUAAUUCCGAAGAAAUGUGGAGAUAAAUUACUUAAUAUAUUUUUUUUCUUUCUCUUUGUUUGUUUUAGCUUUAUAAAGUAGAAAAGUUAUAAAGAUAAGAUUAUCUGACUUAAUAAAAGAAUCAAAAAUUUGAAGAGUAAAUGAUCAGCUUUUGUGGUAUAACAUCUUAUAAGAUUUCAUACUAAAGAGAUUCUAACUAAAUACUAUUGAUACCAAAUAAUGAAAUGGAAAUUGUAAAAUUUGAAGAUCAAUAACAAUUUAUCACUAAAAUUAGAAACAUGAAAGUUUUAAUUAGAGAUUAAGAUGCAUAGACAAAUUAUUUAUCUUAAGAGGGAAUUAAUUAAGAUGCAAAAAUGACACUUGAAAAAUUGUUAUAUUAUUAUAUGACCUGUCCAGAGAAAUUAAAAGAAUACAAGAAAUAGCCUUCUUUUUGUGAUACUGUAAUUAAAUUAUAAGGAGUUCUUAAUUAAGAAAAUUAUAAUAUACAAAUACUUAAGUAUUUUGAUGAAUUGCCAAGUGCAAUUAUCUUGAUAUCUCAAAAUAAAAAAGAUAUUUUUAUAGAAGAACUUAAAUUGAGAUAUAAAUUGUUCUAGUAAGCAUUAGAAACUAUUGAUUAAAUUUUUUCAAAUUAAAUCAAAAUGAGUCUUGUGUAUUUAGUAGCGUUACAUAAAUAUCAAAAAAUUAAACCCCAGAAUAAAGAUAUAUCAUUUUAUAAAAAAGUCCAAAGUAAAAUUGCUAGAGCUUAUAAUGAUUUUUAAAAUAUCAAAGAUUUUUUUAACUUAAAUUCUUCUUUCUAAAGAACUGUGAUUCAAAAUUUCAAUUUGAUUACAUUUUUAGAUGAUAUAUUAACUGAAAUUUAAUAUUAUUUUUAUUAGAGUAAAAAAUUCACUUUCUAAAUUAAAAGCAAGCUUAGAAUAUAAACAGUAAGUUAAGAUCAAAAAUAACUUAAACAAUUAAUUUUAAAUAUAUUAUAUUUUAUAACAGAACGUAGCUAGGACAUAACUUUUUAUUUAGAAGAAAGUGAUGGGCCAUAAUCGAAAUUAUCAUUUAUUCGAAUUAAAUUAGAAUAUCAAGGUUUACAAUUUUGUAAAGAUUCUAUGAAUGGAUUACCAUUUAUAAAUCCAGUAACUAUAUCUGAACUCAGACAUAAUACAGAAAAAACGUAUUAAUUAAAUUUACCUAUGGCUGUUGUAAUAGUUAGAAAACUUGGACCUACUAAUAAAAUUUAUAUUAAAUAAAAUAAAAAUGGAAACAGUUAUUUAGAAUUUUUAAUUUUUAGAGAAUUAUAUGAAGAUUUUCAUUUAAUACCUCUCUAAUCAUAACAUCCUAUUAAUUAUUUGAUAAUGAAUGCAAAACCUUCAAUUUAUGGUAAACAUGCAGCAUAUUUGGAUCUCAUGGCACUCAGUCCAAGAAUUUAAUUAGAUAAAUUCGGAGAAUUGUGA